UCUUCAAUUUAUUGACAUUACUUGACUUUAUUUUACACUGACUAAAAAUGGAAAGGUGCGAUGGUGAAUCUGUUUUGAUAUACUCACUAAUUUUCUUUUGUGUAGUCUUUGUGACUCUAUCCUCUUACCUUUCAUAUUAUGUGUGCAAAUAUGCAUUUGAAUAAUAGUCGAAAACGUGAUCGACUAAAUAAAAUGAUUCAAAUGUUACUGACGAAUAAUAUUAGUACUGAGUUCAAAUAAAACUCGGAGCCAGAACUCAGUACUUGACAUUUGAAAUGAAAAAAAAAAUUUAAAGAAUAUUUAUAAUGUAAUCUUUAAAUUAAAAUUCAGUUUUCUGUGACAUCAAUAUUGAAAUUAUUCGAAAAUAAAAAUAAAUAAGUUUUCUCCACUUAAAUUUAUAGUAAAACUUGUAAACUUAUUUCAAUUGAUCAAAAAUUAUGUCACAUUUAAAUAAAAUUACUCAUAUUUUUAACAAACUUUAACUUUCAACAAAAAUCGAGACUUUGUAGUUAAGUUAUAAAAUUAAAUUAAUGGAUUCAUUUUAGUUCUAUUGUCACUGCUAGAUCGCUUAUGAGUUAUAUUAUUUUUCAUAUGUAGGAAGCAAUAUAAAAUAAAUAAAUUGAAUAGAAAAGUAAUUAUUUCUACACCGAUAUCGUUUGCAAUUGAUUGAUAUUUUUUGAAAUUAUUUUAUAUUGAGUCAAAAUUUUCAUUAUUUUAAUCUUUGUUACUUACUUAUUACUUACAUACUUAUGAAAUAUUCUAAAUAUUAUUCUACUGUGCAGUUUAAUUAUCUAAAAUUUGUAAUUCACGUGUAUGUUGCCGUGAACUUUAUAUAUUAGUUAUUUAUUUGUGAUAAAAAAACCCUCGAACAGAACAAUCCUUGUUGAAUAAGUAUAAUGUCACUAACAAGUAUUACUUAGUAAUGAUUUUAUUGAAAGUGUUACUAAUGGUUGAUGUAAAUAGUUAAAUAAAAUUUUGAACGGAAAUUUUAAAUAGAAUUGUAAAUGAGAAAAUGUUUUUUUCUUCAUCUUAUCGAUUUUCGUCUUUGAAAAUGUUUAGAGUUGAUAAUGUAUCUACUUUUCUAUCCAUCGUUUCGAAUAAAUGCCAGGAUAAGUAUGUGAUUAGUACUGCAGUUGAAAAAUGAACAUACCAUACUUUUCACACAUCUCACAUUCACAUUUGAAAUGCUUUUCAUCUUCACACGACAUCGUGAAUAAAAGUAAUGGACAGAUAUAUAUAUAAUGAUAUGCGAAGCAAUUUAUUGUUGGAUUGUUUCAUACCAUCGAGUCAUUCGUUGCAGAACUUAAUUUUAUUUCCGUAUACUUAUAGUCGAAUUCCAUUCGUCCUGUACUUGAAAAAAUCGAUAUUCGAUCCCCUAUCUGCCCUCUGUGGAUAGGGGAGUCAUGUGCGUUGGAUUAUUACAAAAUUACUUUCAGUCAGACUACUGUAGAGCAUACAACUGUACUCUGUAUUUAAUAAAAAACGCUAGGAAUUUACAAAAAUAGUCUUUUAGUAUACAUUAUGCAAACCAUAAUGAAAUUGUUAGUUUGGUUUUCUAAGAUUGAACCACGUCGGGAAAAUAUCUUAGAUAAAUUUGAAAUGGAAAUCGAGGAUAAAAAACAUUUUCGUCGUAUGUUCUGUAUCAAACUUUCUCUACUUACCGUGGGUGGUUUGACAGCGGCAAUGACAAUGAUUCACCUAAUACUUGGUGUGUUUCACCAUGAAGCUUUUUCCAAUUAUGGUAUAACGAUAGGUAUUUCCACAAUCGUUUUAGCAAAGAUUGUACCGUAUGCUUUAUUUCCAUAUAAUAAAGACUCAAAAUAUCCAAGUACAAUUUUCUAUGCAUUUGGUGUUACUCAACUAAUAAUAGUCGGUAUGGUGAUUCUAUUAUUGAACAGACUGGACUCAUUUUGGAGAGGAGCUAAAUCCAUGGGUGAUAAUGAAAGUCAAGUUUUCACGUCAGUAUUUUUACGGUUUAGUUUUUUCUUACAAUGCACAUUGGUAAUUUCGUUAAACGAAAGAAUCAAGCUUCCUACUAGGAAUGAUUACAAAUUAAAAAAAAAAAGUUGGGAAAUCCAAAAGUUCAAACCUCAAUUGCAUAUUCCAUUUUUAAUUAUCAUUCUUAUGUUAAAAUUGUGA